CUGGAGCUCGACCCGUUGUGCGACACGUCUUCUAUUCUCCCUUCUUCGACUUCAUGCAAAAGCAGCGAAGGAGUUAUCAACCUGAUUUCUCUUCCAUGUGAUACUCGUCUUCCAUCACAAAAUAGUAAUCGUGUAUUUUCCUCAUUGUUGAUAUCAACUGGGUGUUAGACCUUUGAUCUAUGAAUGGUUCUCUUGUUAUAAGUUGAUUCCAACAACAACAAAAAAACAUGGCUCAAGCUAGUAUUGCACGAGAACCCAUAGCCUUAGGCUAUCAGCCAGGCGCUCAGAACGGCGCUUUAACCUCUGCCGAUCUCGAUGAGAUUAGCAAUUAUCAGAAAAUUAUUAACUUUCGGGAUACUAUAGUAUCUGGGAAGCAUCCUCGUAUCAAAGUGGCUAAGCCGGUCACUCCUCAGCAAUCUACUUCGCUCGCGAGAGAUCGCGUCGCUCCCUCAUCAUCCGCACAACCUUUUCAAAAUGCACCUAACCUCAAUUCUUUACACCAGGUGGACAAUAUGCAGUCCUUCAAAGCAAACAUGCAGCAACCAGCUGUCGCCGUAGCUUCGACAGCUUCUAAUGCAUCUAUUCCAGAUGUCUCAAGACCAUUAGAUUCUGCCAAGGCCGUUGCCAACUCUGUUUCGCUUCAAACAUCCGGUUAUAUCGCUAAGGUGGACCUCCAGCUGCAAAGAAUAAGACUCGAACAAGAACUCAAAGAAGAGUUCGAGUAUCGAAAGGCUUUGGCGAAGGCUCCUCUACAGCCUUCGGAGCAGCCAGUUGACUUAGACCUCUCUGAUAUUUUAGCCAAGGCACUGACUCUCGUACAAGCUACUGCUCUCCCACCAAGUUCCAAUACUCCUAAUGCUGGUACUGUUUCCGAUGCGAGUGACUCCUUCGACGACAAUACCUUCUAUUCCAGCCCACUUGAAACGCCCGACUCUCGUGCCUCGCCCCGAAUUCAGAAUCCAAUACGCCAGGAUGUACAAAUGCGAGAUGCGCCAGCCGCAGCGUCUCAGCAGGCUGCACAUGCUCCACAGCAAAGGCAAUUUGCUCCUCAACCCGUCCACACUCCGGCAUCGUCCUACCAAACAGAUGUUAGUCGUAGCGUACAGCCCAUCCACACCGCGAGUAGUUCCCGCCAGCCCCAGCCGAGCGCUGGUGGCCCAGCCACGUCUGUGCAAGAUCGUGCAGUCUAUAACAGCUCAAAAGCUAGCCGUGAAGGAGAUAUCAUGGUACAUUCACGCCAGACACGUCAGGCAGAGGCACAGGUUAUCAGCUCAGACAGUGGUGCUGCUAGUAGAUCCGACAACUCUGGCAAUACAGAUUCGGACCAUCCUGUUGACUUCAGCCGUAUCCAUAACCCCCACCAGUUACUUCCUAGUGCUCACUUCAGACAGCGAGAGUCACCCGUGGUUCGCGCUCACGAUCUUUCGCCCUUCGCGCCCCAGCCUGCUCAUGUCUCACCCUUGGCGGUAGCUAGGCGGCCCCCUAUGCCUGAGCCGGAUAUUAGCAUUUUACCAGGCGCACCGGCUCAAGUCACAGCUCUAAGGCAGGAGCAUGGGGCUGUCACAAGUCCAGAAAGUUCCCCUCAGGGAGAUAAAGGAGGCAAGAAGAAGAAUAAGAAGAAGAAUAAGAGAAAGGCUGAAAUGAGAGCACCAGAUGCCCCAGGAUCUCCUUAUAUCAAACCCGAACCGCGAUCGCCUUCACCUCUAUCAGUCCCUCAGUUUGUCCGUCCUCAAAAGCGCCUUCGAUCCGAUGCUAGACACGAUCAAGAGUUAGUGUACGAUGAACCGCAAAUCGAACGACCAGUAUCCGUGCUGCACCGCGACCAGUAUCCUGCUACGCAUGUGCCAGCCGAGGGGCCUCCGUAUGGGCUUGGAAGGCUGGAUGAUCCGUAUACAAGACCAUUGCGCCAGUCCGUCGCCCCGGCGAGUCAAAGGUUAGAUCGUGGUGUAUACGAAGAACGGCGGCCGGACGGGACGAUCGUGCAGUAUAUCCAGCGAGUCCAAUCCCCUUAUGGCUAUCCGGCUCCUUACGGUGCUGUGGAACCGCGUUCUCUACGCUCGGCGAGUUACUCAGUAAACCCUCCCUACCGGGAUGUUCCUACAUAUCAACGUGAUGGACGGAUGAGUGUACGACCUUAUACUGAUCGUGCUAGAUCACGUUCACCCAUCGUUGUGGAGAGAGGCUCGCCUACUAUGGCACCUCCUGCUCCCCCGCCUCGUAUCUUAGUUGACCAAUAUGGCCGCGAAUAUCUUGAUCCUCCCCGUGCCAGCGCCGCUACGCGUCACUCAGCCGUACCACCCCCAAGACCGAGCGAGCGUGAGUUAGUCUACGAAAGAGUACCGCUACGUGCCCCAUCUCGCAUGGCUGGAGAGACUUUUGAGGAGGAUGGAAUCAUAUACCGACGUGCAUCGCCCACAUAUGCUCCUCGACGUGUCAUCACGCAGCCGGAGUAUGGUAUCGAUUAUAGAAGCUAUCGUGAGCGCGACUAUCCUAUGCAACCUAUGGGAGUACCGAACCAGGAGUUUAUAUCGGUCCGAGGAGCACCGAUGGGGCGGGCUCCUGAGGACAUGCCAAGGGACUAUUUACCUAGAGCCACAAGCGUCCGACCGCCGGAUGCUGUACCGUAUUACAACAGGGUUGAGGCCAUACGACCCGAGGUGCCAUCUAGGCGAUAUGCUGCUAGCGUUCACCCUGAAGUAAGAAGGGAUGCGGCGUCUGCGGUUGUUCGCGAGUUCGGCCCAAGACCGUCGGAACGUGAUAUGCCCAGGCCCGAGUUUAGCAUCCAGCCGGUAGAGCGUUAUUAUGAUAGGCCGCCUCACCCAGAAGGGGAUGUCGCUUAUAUUGAGCCGCCCCGAGCACCCCAGCAAGAGAUUAUUUACGCCGACAAUGGUCGGAGGCAAGUAUACCAAUGAAUACGUGUCAGACGCUAGGGGUAGUGCAUCAACAAACUCGAUAUUGUAACUGAAUCCGAGGAGGGCUAGUGGGAGAUUUUUUUAGAUCCCCUCUAAUUCCAAGUAGUCU